GUGUCGUGCCCCACGCUUACCGCUGCAUGCCCCAGGCGGGCGAGUGCAACGGCGUGGCGGACUGCGCGGACAGCCGCAACUCUUUCCCCCAACCUUUUCCUUUUUUCUCCUUUUCCCUCGUUUCCCCAUUGGGUCCGCCAGGUGUCGUGCCCCACGCUCACGGGUGCAUGCCCCCGGGCAGCGUGUGCAACGGCGUGGCGGACUGCGCGGACGGCAGCGACGAGGGGCGGCAAUGCCGGCAGGGCUACCAGGACGACAGCUACUACUGCGCCGACCAGGGCCUCGAGCAGUGCCCCUCCGACCGCUACGCGUGCCUGCGCCAGGAGGAUUACUGCGACGGUUACGAGACGUGCUACGGGUACGACGAGGCGAAUUGCGAGAAGCACGUGUGCUCGUUUGGGAUGAUCCAGUGCCCCAAGACGUUCUACUGCGCGUGGGGGACGCUCUGUGACGGCGUGCAGGACUGUGUGAUGACUGCUGAGGCUGAGGAUGAGGAUAAGGCGUUUUGUAGCGGGUAUAGCUGCCCGGAGGGGUUUAAGAAGUGUGCGGAUGGGUUGCAGUGCGUGGCGGAGGGGUUGUUUUGCGACGGGACGGUGAAUUGCAAUGAUGGGAGUGACGAAGGGGCGGCGACGUGUGCUGUGAACCCCCCUGCUGGGGGUGGAACAGGCGCCGUUACCACUCCUCCUCCUCCUCCUGAGACUGGAUCUGGUUCCGGCAGCGGCAGUGGGGGUUCAACUGGGUCGUCUGGAGGCACUGUGGUGCUGAGUGCUGAAGAAGUGGCGAGGCAGAGGAAGGAAGCAGCGGCUCGGAGGGCGGCUGCUGUUGCUGCCAAGAAGAGAGCUGCUGCUGCUAAGCAUGCUGCUGUGGAGGCACGGCGGGCGAAGCAGGCGGCGAAAGCAGCUGCGAUUGCUGAGAAGAAGAAGAAGCAGGAGGAGAAGGCGGCUGCUGUUGCGGAGAAGAAGAGGCUUCAGGAAGCUAAGGCGGUUGCUAUUGCUGAGAAGAAGAGGAAGCAGGAGGAAAAAGCGGCUGCUAUUGCUGAGAAGAAGAAGAAACAGGAAGAGAAGGCUGCUGCCAUUGCUGAGAAGAAGAGGAAGCAAGCAGAAAAGGCGGCUGCAAUUGAGGCUAAGAAGAAGAAGCAGGCUGAGAAGGCUGCGGCGCUAGAGGCUAGGAAGGAGAGGGAGGCUGCACGGGCAGCAGCUGCGACCAAACCCUUCAAUAAGCUCGUGGCAGGGGGACGAGAGGGCAGAAGGGAAGGGAAGGAGGGUGAGAGUGGACAGGAGGGUGAGAGUGGACAGGAGGGUGAGAGUGGACAGAGGGUGAGAGUGGACAGGAGGGUGAGAGUGGACAGGAGGGUGAGAGUGGACAGGAGGGUGAGAGUGGACAGGAGGGUGAGAGUGGACAGGAGGGUGAGAGUGGACAGGAGGGUGAGAGUGGACAGGAGGGUGAGAGUGGACAGGAGGGUGAGAGUGGACAGGAGGGUGAGAGUGGACAGGAGGGUGAGAGUGGACAGGAGGGUGAGAGUGGACAGGAGGGUGAGAGUGGACAGGAGGGUGAGAGUGGACAGGAGGGUGAGAGUGGACAGGAGGGUGAGAGUGGACAGGAGGGUGAGAGUGGACAGGAGGGGUGAGAGUGGACAGGAGGGUGAGAGUGGACAGGAGGGUGAGAGUGGACAGGAGGGUGAGAGUGGACAGGAGGGUGAGAGUGGACAGGAGGGUGAGAGUGGACAGGAGGGUGAGAGUGGACAGGAGGGUGAGAGUGGACAGGAGGGUGAGAGUGGACAGGAGGGUGAGAGUGGACAGGAGGGUGAGAGUGGACAGGAGGGUGAGAGUGGACAGGAGUGGGGGGGGAGAAACGUCUUGCUGCCCAGCUCGUGCGACCCUGCAAACAGUAACCCUUCUAUGAACUCCUGGCAGCGGGGGGAUCAGGUAAAAGCAAAAGGGAAAAGGUCGCAGAAAAAUAUUGUCACAGAGAGACAGUGA